AUGGAAACAGCGAAUAAUCCAAACCCACAGCAUUACUGGAUUGUACAACAAGUUAAUCAAUUACCACGUCUUGCCACGUAUGAACAAUAUGAUCCCAUUGCAAAGCCCAGAUUUCGGCUCAAUAAUAUGAUAAGAGAACAUGAACGAGCGCAACUUUCAUGGUUAACUGGACGAGAUGCACAUUCACAACUCUUUUUUACGCCACCUCGUGCCCAUUUACUACAUUGGACAAGUAAUCAACCAACGAUGCUAAAUAAUCGUCAAUAUCGCGGAAUCACAUCGACUGAUCAGCAACAGCUCCCCCCGAUAUAUUAUCCGAACAUUAGAACAAUGCAACCAACAGCAUAUCAAAGCAAUAAUUUGCAGCAUAUACUUGUUCAACCUGCUAGCUUCGCUCAAUUUGGUUAUAUUCCUAUGUCGACAAUGCUCUCCGCAAUUCACAGCAUAUUAUCAAUCUUGAAAGAGACAAUAGACUCGAAGAACGGUAAUGCCGAGAGUAAUUCCGUCACUGCAAGUGGGGAAGAGAAAGAAAACUCACUCCCUGAUGACGGAGGCGUUGAGACUGAAGAAGCUGAAAAUAAAAAUGGUACAAUGUUAGUACACAAGUUGACCGCGUUGGAAAAAAAAUCUAAGAGUGAAAUAGACAAAAAUUAUGCUAGCAGUGGGAUGACAUCAACAAGCGUGAAUGAAUCUGCUACUGAUGACGGAAGUAAUCUAUUAGAAAGUUUACUGCGGGGCCGAUUAGAUAAAAUUGACUGGAUAGGUUCACUUCUUGGCACAAACCAACUACCGAAUAAAGAAGAAGGUAGUGCUUUUGCUGAAAUCUUCCAAGGUGGAAUAUUUGGUCCAGCAAACUAG